AGGCAGAUGGACAAGCCUACUCACAUGGUAAAAGAAGUGAAAAAAAAAAAACAAAUGCCAAGUAUCAUCUGCCAUGGUGUUACAUCUCAGUAGUAGAAAACCAUACCACUUCAGGGUGGAUGACGCCUGCUGACCAAACCUACCACCAAACAAGUACGCCUCAUUCUUGAUGAAAGUGUCAGGUGCGUAUGUCACAUACGAAUUAUGUGACACACUGAUGAUUCAUUAUUGUUGCCAAUGUGGUUUGCUGUACUGGUUAAAAGAUAUUUGCACAGAAACUAGGCGCAUGAAAACAGAAUAUGUGCUGUUUGGGUGUAGUAAAGUUCACAGUCUAGGAGUGUGUUAUAAUAAUUAAUAUAUUGCCUGAGUCAAAAUGCAAGGCCUCAACAGAUUAUUGUGUUUAUCUACAUGAAUCUGUGUGUAAUCCUUGCCCUGCUACCUACAUCGUUACUACAAUAACAGAAACAGGCAGGACAGGUUGGGAGGUGAACAAAAUGCAAAAACUCUUAAUAUUUAACAGCUACUGUAAUCCAGUACCGUAAUCCAAUUUUGCCUUCUCAAAAACAACAUUUCAGAUAUCCCAAACUACAUUCUUCCUAUCCACAAUUGGCUUUUCAGAUAUCUGCAAUGGAACUCCAGUUUGAGAUAGCAACCAUUUGAUUCUGACUAGUCAUAAUUGCAGUUCAAGAUAUAUUUAAUUCAUCCCAAUUCAAGAGAGUCAAGAUUUUCCUUUUCAGAGAUCUUAAAUCAAAUUUUAGCUAUAGGCGAAAUUAAGUUGUAGAUAUCUGGAACUGGAAUUAUGACUAGUCAGAAUCAAACUGCAGAUAUCUUAAAUUGGAGUUAGGGAAAUCUAUAAUUUAGUUGCUGAUAUCCGCAAUUUACUAGCGGAUCUCUGCAAGUGAAUUUUAGAUUUCUGUGAUGAGAAACCCCGUAGACAUGAAUUACAGAUAUCUUGAAGGAAAAUUCCAACUAUUCAAAAAGUCAUCACGAUUAGUCCAACAUAAAUUGUUGAUGCCCUUGAAUCCCAAAACCCGGUUGGUCAAAUUUAGCUUUUAAAUGUUAAAACAUAGAAAUCCCAUACAAAUGAAUGGCAAUGUGACGUCAUUUGGCUAGCUAUCUUUAAUUCUGUUUUGGCGGGGCAAAACUCAAUUAAAGAGAUCACUUGUAGUUUCGAAUAGUGACAAUGUUAAUUAGUGAUAGUGAAAUUUAGCUUUUAAUUGUUGAAUCCAAUUGCCACAUCUAAAAGGGAGAAACGGAACAUAUGACGUCACCCAGCCAUCGUCUCCGACACUCACAUGUUGCCUUCAGGCACAGCUUGAAACUCGGGUUUUAUUAAACGUCAAUUCAUUAUUUUUCAGUUUAAUUCAACAGUUUAGUUUGUGUUUCGUAUUUAAACAAAUAAAAUAGGGCAAUAUCUAGUAUACAUAUUUUUUUUAAAUUGACGAGCAACUGCUUAAUUCCAGGUUACUCCCGCCCACCCAUAAACACCGCGAUGUCAUUGAACGUAACUCACCAAAGCAGCAUAGGUUUCGUAGGAAGGGAAACGAAAUUGUGAAUGAACAUUUCAGCCUAGCUCCGAGGAACAUCCAUUUCUUGAGUUCAUAGGCUGCGUUUGUGUGCGUACCACACCGUUUUAAGAUGCUCCAGUCUGUUGCCAGUAGUUCGUGCGUGCGGCUCAUUCAGAGCCACAAAUCGACGUGGUAUUUUGUGAUUCUGCUGCUGGGCUACAUCCUUUAUCUCAUCUUCGGGGCUGUUGUCUUCUCGUCCGUCGAGCUGCCUUACGAAGACGCCCUGCGCCAGGAGCUGAUGGCCAUGAAAACGCAGUUCCUCCGCGACAACGAGUGCAUCACCGAGGAGAGUCUGGAGCGCUUUCUCAGGGAAGCUCUCGAAGCGAGCAAUUACGGCGUCUCCAUCCUCAACAACACCGAUGCUAACUGGAACUGGGACUUCACCUCUGCACUCUUCUUUGCCAGCACCGUGCUCUCCACCACAGGUUAUGGUCACACAGCACCACUGUCAGAGGGUGGGAAGGCCUUCUGCAUCAUCUACUCUGUGUUUGGCAUCCCGUUCACCCUCCUCUUCCUCACCGCCGUGGUGCAAAGGAUCAUGGUGUACAGCACAAGGAAGCCCAUCUCGUACAUCCACACACGCUGGGGCCUGUCGAAACCUCUGGUGGCCAUCGUCCACUCCUGUCUUCUCGCCUUGUUGGCCGUCUGUUGCUUCUUCCUCAUCCCUGCGGGCAUCUUCUCAGCAAUAGAGGACAACUGGAACUUCCUGGAGUCGUUCUACUUCUGCUUCAUCUCGCUCAGCACCGUUGGAUUGGGAGAUUAUGUGCCAGGCGAGGCGACUAACCAGAAGUUCAGGGAGCUCUACAAGCUGGGAAUCACUUUUUACUUGAUCCUGGGCCUGAUCGUUAUGCUGGUGGUCCUGGAGACAUUCUGCGAGCUGCAGCAGCUGAAGCAGCUGAGGAAGAUAUUCUACCUGAAAAAGGAGAAGACGCAGGACCGCCUGACCAUCCUGGAGCAUGACCACCUAUCCUUCACCUCCGCACCAGGCACGGCGCACAGCGAUGACAAGGCCCACAUGUUCAUUAGUGUCUCAACUCUGUCUUCUCGCAGCGACGAGCUCAUGAUCCAGUAACGACUGACCGAGACAAUUUCAAGAAAACCCAAAUCUCUGCUGUAGUUAAAGCUGGUGAGAGCAAAGCUUUGUUAUGACCUGUCCGUUAUUUAAAGCAUAUGUUGAAACAUUUUAGGACAUCAUCUUACAAUCGGACUGGUUAGCACAUCAGCCUCACAGUUCUGAAGACCCAGGUUCAAAUCUGGCCUUGCCUGCGUGGAGUUUGCAUGUUCUCCCCGUGCCUGCGUGGGUUUUCUCCAGGUGCUCUGGUUUCCUCCCACAUCCCAAAAACAUGCACGGUAGGUUAAUUGAAGACUCUAAAUUGCCCAUAGGUGUGAAUGUGAGUGUGAAUGGUUGUUUGUCUAUGUGUGCCCUGCGAUUGGGUGACGAUCAGUUUACGGUGUACCCCGCCUCUCGCCCAGAAUUAGCUGAGAUAGGCACCAGCACACCCGUGACCUUAGUGAGGAUAAGUGAUACGGAAAAUGGAUGGAUGGAUGUUCCAACCAAGCUAAAGUUCUGGAGAAAUGAUCAAUUUCUUCUAAAAUAGCAGAUAGUGUUACUUCUGUGGACAUUGCUUCAAGGUGUACAGUUCAGGGUCUUUGGGAUUUAAGACACACAUCACUGAUUCCAGAAACUAGUACAGUAUGCUGAUUAUACAGAUUGCUCAUGACCGUUGCUCUUUAAUGCUUUUUUUGGCUUCUACUGCUUCGGUUGCAUAGUUGACUGGAAGAGGCUUCACAAGGCAAUUUGUCCUAGUCAAAAUGGUGCUGGCAUUAAUGUCCUAAUAGUUUAGUAGUAUCAUGUUAUGUGGCAAAUGUGAAACUGACAGGCGCUUUUUAAAAUGUAUUUAAGAACAUUGGUUCUAUGUCAGGCGGCACGGUGGACGACUGGUUAGAGCGUCAGCCUCACAGUUCUGAGAACCCAGGUUCAACCCCCGGCCCCGCCUGUGUGGAGUUUGCAUGUUCUCCCCGUGCCUGUGUGGGUUUUCUCCGGGCACUCCGGUUUCCUCCCACAUCCCAAAAACAUGCAUUAAUUGGAGACUCUAAAUUGCCCGUAGGCAUGACUGAGUACGAAUGGUUGUUUGUUUCUAUGUGCCCUGCGAUUGGCUGGCAACCAGUUCAAGGUGUACCCCGCCUCCUGCCCGAUGACAGCUGGGAUAGGCUCCAGCACGCCCGCGACCCGAGUGAGGAGAAGCGGCUCAGAAAAUGGAUGGAUGGAUGAAUAUAUGGAUAGUAAGCAUAAAACUCUGAUUAAGAAUUUAUUAAUUUCAAUGACAAACUUAUGAUGCCGCAUUUCAGCUGUCACAAUGGAUGGAUGGAUGGCUCUAUGUCAGUGCUACUUUAUCGUUAAUGAAGAUGUAAAGUUUCCUGCUUGCCCUACAUUUCAUUCAGGGAUUUUCUUUCUCUGCACGUAUAUGUUAUAAUCGUGUUCUUGUGCUUAUUUAUCUGUUCCGUGUGUGAUUAUACACACUUUUAAUUUAUUGCCUUGUCUGAUAAAAUGUAUCUAAUGUGCACACAACUUAUGAGAAAAGGGAUGUGAUGUUCACCUUUAAGUGUAGGGAGCUGGGAGCUACCUUUGCACAUUUCCAGGAACCAGCCAAAUGGCAGACGUGAUUCUAACUGUCUCAUCUGUAUUGUGAAAAAAGUUGAAGGUAGCGACCGUAGCGUUACUCUGAUUGUAAAUGUUCUGAAAACGCCCCAACCAAAACCAACCGAUUUUCACUUCUAAGUGUAAUUUUUCAAUUGAUUUCUAGCAAGGAGUAAAAUGCUAAGGCAUAUAUAUUCAUAUUUAAACAAUAUUUUUUGUUAAUGCCUUUUGCUACAGUUUAACAUGCUAACCAGGAUAUACUGCAUAUGAUGUGCUUUACGACUCUGCUAUCUUAGUUUAGCUAAGGUCAGUAGGGUCAUGUUGAUAGUAAAGUAUGUGUUAGCGAUAAUUUUAUCAUCUUGGACGUUACUACUGAUACAUUUUUGGAAAUUUAAUUGUGAAUUGUUUUUAUAUGUCUGCUGGGGGUGAAACUAGACCUCUAAUGUUGUUUUCUUCAUCGCUGUAAGAUAUUUCACUGGUCAGUAGAUGCAUUGAGUGAAUAUAUUUGUGAUCAGGAUUUCGAAUGGAACUAGUUUACUAAUGCUGACAACAUUGGCCAGAUUUGAUAUUUCUAUGCAGAAAUCGUGUCAUGUCAUGGGCAUGUCCAUAUUGUAUCACCAAGCAAAGAUGGAAACCAUUUAAUUCUAAGGACAAAUCCAUAAGCUCUUUGACAUUCGUGUCAGUGAAAUAAAGUGCUGUUUUUUUA